CUCAACUGUGGCGGACGCACAGGGUCGCGCUGUGCCGUGUCUGCACACACUCGUCUAGCGCAUAUCGGCAGGAGCCUACGGGGAUCUAUAUACUAGACCAAACUAGUGUGCGCGCGUCCCCGUGUACCAUUGCAUCAACUCUUACCUUUCAACAUACGGAAAUCCAUUGCUCAGACACGAACUCAGAAAGGAGGUUACACGAAGGACAGGCACUCUCGCUAUGUCAGACCACCCGACGUCCUCAUGGGAGGCCAUGCAAGAUGGCAAUGCGUUCUACAAGCGGCACCAACUCUACUCGAUACCCGGCAAGUUGCCCGACCUCAGCAACUUCAUUGUUGCCGGAUGUCGUUAUGGCGGACCCAUAGCACUGAUGAGAGACACCACGAAGAUGGUCGCUCUCGGGCGCGCGACGACCUCUUUCGCGAAGGCGCAGAUACACGUCUACUCCUCUGCGGGAGAAGGCUUGCUCAUGUUCAGUUGGGACCAGGGCAAGAUCGUCCGGUUUGGAUGGACACACGACGAACGGCUGGCGGUUCUCAACGACGAAGGCGUUUACCGACUGUACGAUUUGCAAGGCGACUAUGCGCAGUACUCGCUCGGAAACGAAGCAGCAGAGAUGGGCAUCAUCGACGCGCGGAUACACGAGAGUGGGCUGGUGGCAUUGACGGGGUCGUUAACGCUACUGGAGGCGAAGGGCUGGGACGGUGGCAAGCCAAUGACGCUGGCGAAUCCAGGACUCUCGCAGCCACCACACUCCUGGGCCGUCGUCCCGCCGGACCUCACCAUCUCGCGGCACGUCGAGGUGCUUCUCUCUGUGGAUUCCUCCAUCUACAGCGUCGACAACCUCGAGUCGGUCGACCAGCAGCUCUCGCGUGGGCCGUUUACGUUCCUCGCGCCGUCGCCGAAUGGCAAGUCGCUCGCGCUCCUCACGUACUCCGGCCUCCUCUGGGUCGUCUCAGCCGACUUUCAGCGGAGCCUCGCCGAGUUCAACACGGCGGACGUCGCGGGCGCGGUGGGUGACGUGAGCCAGGUCGAGUGGUGCGGGAACGACGCGGUAAUGGUGACGUGGGAUGGCCUCGCGGUCUUGGUGGGGCCGUUCGGUGACACACUGCAAUACUUCUACUCGGGGCAGACAUUCGCCAUCACCGAGGUAGACGGCAUCCGCCUGAUCGGCCCUGAUAGCUGCGACUUCAUCCAGAAAGUACCACCAUCCUCCGUCUCUGUAUUUAGGCCAGGGUCGACGUCGCCAUCAGCGAUAUUGUAUGACGCCUGGGAGAACUUCGCGCGGAAGUCGCCCAAGGCUGACGAGAGCAUCCGUAACAUCCGCCCAGAGCUCGGCGCUGCCGUGAACGAAUGCAUUGAUGCUGCAGGGAGGGAGUGGGAGCCCGCCUGGCAGCGGCGGCUGUUGAAUGCGGCGAAGUUCGGGCGGGCGUUCCUCGACCUGUAUGACCCAACGGACUUCGUACAAAUGGGACAGGCGCUCAAAGUCCUGAACGCCGUCCGGUUCUACGAGAUUGGGAUCCCCAUCUCGUACGCGCAAUACACACAGCUCUCCCCCGCCCACCUCAUCAACCGGCUGACCGCGCGCAACUUGCACCUGCUCGCGCUCCGCAUCUCGUCCUACCUCUCGCUCAAGCCUGACGCGGUGCUCAAGCACUGGGCGUGCGCGAAGAUCGUGCGCUCUAAGCCGACUGCGACGGGCGCGGGGCGCGAUGCGGAGCUCGACGGGGACGACGCGGUGUGUAGGAGCAUCGUCGAGAAGUUCGAGAGCCUCGGCCGCGGGGAGGUGAGCUAUGCGGACAUUGCGAAGAGGGCGUGGGAGGUGGGGAGGGCGACGUUGGCGACGAAGCUGUUGGACCAUGAACCGAGGGCGUCGGACCAGGUGCCGCUCCUUCUGAGCAUGAAGGAAGACAAGCUCGCGCUGACGAAGGCCGUCGAGAGCGGUGACACUGACCUUGUGUACCACGUCCUACUCUAUCUUCAGCGUCGACUCCCGCUUGGCUCGUUCUUUCGGCUCAUCGAGGAGGGCGGGUCGAAGCUCGCACCAGCGAGCAGGCUCCUCCAGGUGUACGCGCGCGAGCAGAAUAGGGAGAUGCUUAGGGACUUCUACUACUCGGAUGACCGACGCGUGGAGAGCGCCGUGCUCUGUUUGGAAGAGGCCGCGGCGAUGCAGGACCCGAACUCGAAGGUAAGCUCCGUGAAGGCGGCUCAGAAGUUUUUUUCUGAGGACAAGGAGCGCGGAUUUGAGGCCAAGAUGACCGACGAGUGUGCGCGAUUGCUCGCUGCUCAGCAGCAGCUGGAGAAAGAAUCAGACGGAAAGAUCUCGUUCUUCGGGCAGAGCGUGAACGAUACCAUCCGGACCUGCCUGAUCAACGGUAUGGCGAAACGCGUAGACAAACUGAAGGCGGACUUCAAGGUCCCCGACAAGCGAUUCUGGUACGUGAAGCUGCACGCGCUCACGGCGAUCCGGGACUUCGACGGGCUCGACUCGUUUGCGCGGUCGAAGCGCUCGCCGAUCGGCUACGAGCCGUUCGUGCGGCACCUCGUCGAGAAAGGCUACAAGAAGGAGGCAACGUCGUUCGUGCCGCGCUGCGACGCGCACAAGCGCGUUGACCUCUACGUGCUUUGCGACGAGUGGCGCGCGGCGGCGAAGGAGUGCAAGGAUCGGGGGGAUAAGGCGAAGUUGGAGCAGCUGAGGAAGUCGUGCCCGAACUCGUUGAUUGCUAGGGAGCUGGAGCAGGUGGUGGCGUCUAUGAAGUGAUACCUGCGGUCGACGUGAGGUUGCAGGUUAUGCAGUAUAGCCAGCAUGCGUACGCGGUACGCGAUAUUUGCACUCGUUCCCUCAUCAAGUGGGCCAUUCCGAGGAUCGCUCGUGCGGAUUAUGCUCGGAACAUAGUCACACCCU